GGGUGCCCAAUAUUGAGAAACAAUCGGGCACUUCAAUGACAGAUGGGUUCGGGUUUGCGUUGCCAUGGUGGCAUGUUUCUCCUCCAGCUGGCUCUCGCAGUUUUGUGCUGUGGUGGUGGCAGCCAGGAGGAUGAGGAGAAGGUGCGAGCUGCCUUGGCAGCUUUGCACGCCAACGGCGAAGCCGACCCGCCGUCCAACCGAAGGAAACGGCCCAGAGGACUGGAGAAUUUGCACCGGCAACUGGAACACUUGGAGGCUGAGGCCUCUCAAGACCCGGCCGCUGACGAGAACGAUACAUGUGACGAUGACCGCAACGGCAGCAUGAAUGGGACUGGGCCGCUGGCCAGGAUGUUCCGAAAAAAGUACCAGGAGGAGGAGAAGCGACACAGCCGAAAGAAACCAAGCGGAGAGAAGAGGCGCCUCUACAUCGCCGAGAAGAUGCAGGUUGACACAGCAGUGGUGCGAGGGACCACGGUGCCCUUGGUGCCGGCCGCAUGGCCAGGCAACACGAAGCAGGUGGCCUUCCUCUUCUUGACGGAGGAUGGCCUGGACUUCGAGGAGCUUUGGGACAAGUUUUUUGGCGAAGCCAGCGCGUCAGGCGCUUAUUCCAUCUAUGUGCACCGUGCGCACAGUCGGCAGAAGAGCAGCUUCCGCUUCGCCGAGCGCUUCUCAGGGUAUGGCUGGGCACCUUGGUCGUCGGCCACCCUUCCACUGAGCCGCUGGGGUGCUGUGGAGCUUCCACAGGUCGAGACCCGCUGGUGCGCGCUCUUCGGUGCGGAGGUGUCGUUGCUGGCGCGAGCCCUGCAGGAUCCCCACAACCAGCAAUUCGUCUUUGUGUCGCACAACUCAAUACCUUUGAAGAGUUUCGACUAUGUGUACCAGCAACUGAUCAAGGUGUCGCCUUCCACCAGCAAGUUCUGCUUUGCGGAGCCAGCCAUUGCCAAGCAAGCCACCCAGGAGACCAUCCGGAACGAGUUCUUGAGGAGUUGCGUGUUUCGGGACUUCUGGAGAGCUUACAACCCGCGGACGUUGAAGCACCACCAGUGGGUGGUGCUCGCCCGGCACCAUGCGGAGAUCGUGGUGCGCCGCGCGGAGAAGGCGUUGGAGAUCUGGCAUAAGAGCUGGUUGAAGGCGGCGCCCGAUUUGCUGCACAUGGCCGAGGGCUGCAGCGACGAGUCGGCUCCCGUCGACGCCUUGCUCUAUGACUUGGAGCACAAGGGCAGGAGCACUGGAAAUACCUGGGCGGAUCUGACGCGGAUGGGCGUCGAGCAGCAGUGCUUGACCUAUGUCCACUGGCGGCAUUGCUUCACCGACACGCGUCUGGAGUACUCCGAGAACAUCGCCAAGGACUUGGAUGCAGUCCUAAAGCACGGCCAGCUGCGAAUGCUCACGGAUCGGGAGUUCAACUUCUUCAAGUCGGCUCUGAAGCGGGAACUCAAUGGCUAUCCAACCUUCUUUCAGUCCAUCACCAUUGAGUAUCUCUACAAGUUAGUCCAGGAGGGCUUCAUGUUUGCGCGGAAGUUCACCAAGGGCAUGCAAGUGAAAGUCGGAGACGGCGAGUUUCCUCUGGACGUGGUGUUGCCGGAGCUUUGGGACCUGGUGGAUGAUCAGAAUGCCUCGCAGCGGGUCUGGACGCGUUUGUCCACUGAGGGGAAGCCGCGGGCCAUCUGAGCGGCUUCCGCGGCGCCACCAACCCCGCGCUGAGCGGACUCCGGAGCAUGAGAUCGGGGCAAGGUGUGAGGGUU